UGUAACAGGUCACGCCCCUCUGCUUAUUCCCUUUCUUAUAUCAAGAAGGGAAAAACACGGAACUACCGGUAUCCAAUCUGGUCCCCGUACGCCUACUACCUUUACUGUUACAAAUACCGGAUCACCCUCCGGGAGAAGAUGCUGCCUUGUUGUUGUAAAAGUGUCACUUACAAGGAACGGGAGGACCUGACACUCCGGCCCCGUUCCUGCCUUCAGUGCUCCGAGUCCCCAGUAGGUCUCCGGGUGGACAGAAGCACCGAUCAGGGUGACAACAACCAGCUUAAAGAACUGUAUUCGGCUGGGAACCUGACGGUGCUAGCUGCUGACCCCCUGCUCCACCAGGACCCCGUGCAGUUAGACUUUCACUUCCGCCUCACCCCACAGACCUCAGCCCAUUGGCACGGCCUUCUCUGUGACCAUCGACUCUUCCUAGAUAUCCCAUAUCGGGCCUUGGACCAAGGCAACAGGGAAAGUCUGACCGCAACACUGGAGUAUGUGGAGGAGAAGACCAACGUAAACUCCGUGUUUGUGAACUUCUGUAACAAUCGGAAUGACACAGGUGCCCUACUGCGGGCCUUCAGCUACAUGGGCUUUGAGGUGGUCAGACCAGAUCACCCUGCCCUCCCUCCCUGGGACAAUGUCAUCUUUAUGGUGUAUCCCCUUGAAAGAGACCUUGGCCACUCACCCAGUGAACCUCCCUGA